UUUCACUUGUCCUUUUCCCUCUCACCAAUUCGCCUUAUAUCCUAAGCCCCGCUUCCCUCUAGGUUUUAUCAAACCCUAGAAACCUCAUUUCAGAAAAAUUCCCCAAUUCCACCCCCCAGAAAUGCAACAACCAGCUUCCCUAAACUCCCUCCCUCCAAACCCAAAACCCAAUGGCGCCACCGCAACCACAACUCAAAAGAAAAAGGCUCCUUCUCCUCAAGAACUCAUCACCCACUACACCAAUCAAGGUUUAGACCAAGAACAAGCUUCCCUCAAGGUCAUCGAAGAUCUCCAAAACGUUCUUUUCCGAGUCAUUGCGUCUGCCAACAAGAACAAAAAGGACAAGGUGAUGACUGAAACUUCAAAAAAGAUUGAUGUUAUUAACAACAGACUCGCUAUUCUCGAUAUGAAGGUGGAUUCGAAGCCGGGGUUUGGGCAAAGUUUUGGCAUUGGUGUUGUUUCUGGGGCGGCUUUAAAUGGAAUUGGAAGCGUUUUGCCUCAUGUUGUUAAGGGUUUUGGGCAAAUUUGGAAUGCUGUGAGAAGAGCAACUGACCCUUCUUCUAAUGGCCCUUGUUGAAUCCUGAAAUAUUAGCUGAGCCGUGUUAGACUCUGUCAAUUAUUUUGUUAAGAGAGAUUUAUUUUUCUCAAUAUAUAAAUGUUAAUUUUGCUUGUUUAAA